AUGGAGCCUAAACCAGAAGAAUUGGAGAAGAAGAAGGUUGUGAGGAGAAAGUUUAUAGGGAAAAGACUGUCGGUUAAAGGGGAUGAGGCAUCAUUAGUAAAGUCAGCUAACAAAACCAGACAUGUAGGAAGAGUAAUGAACCAAAUACCACAAGAAAUAUUGAAUGAUAAAGAUUUAAACGAAGCCAUCAGGUUAUUACCAUCUAACUAUAAUUUUGAAAUUCAUAAAACAGUUUGGAACAUUAAGAAAAAUGGUGCUAAACGGGUUGCAUUACAAAUGCCUGAGGGUCUAUUAAUAUAUUCACUUAUCAUUUCAGACAUUUUGGAACAAUUUUGUGAGGUUGAAACGGUCGUGAUGGGAGAUGUGUCUUAUGGUGCGUGUUGUAUUGAUGACUAUACCGCCAGAGCAUUAGACUGUGAUUUUAUUGUUCACUAUGCACAUUCAUGUUUGGUUCCGAUAGAUAUAACGGAUAUUAAAGUAUUGUAUGUUUUCGUAACUAUCAAUAUCGAUGAGCAACACUUGAUCAAUACCAUAAAGUUGAACUUUGAUAAGGGAUCACAAUUGGCAGUGUUUGGAACAAUUCAAUUUAAUCCAACAAUACAUAGUAUUAAAAGUAAACUUGAAAAUGAUGAAGAAAAGACCAUGUACUUGAUACCUCCACAGACUAUGCCACUAUCUAAAGGUGAAGUGCUAGGAUGUACUUCUGCAAGAUUAAAUAAGGAACAAAUCAAAGCAAUGAUAUAUAUAGGAGAUGGAAGGUUCCAUCUUGAAAGUUCAAUGAUCCACAACCCGGAAAUCCCAGCCUACAGAUAUGAUCCAUAUUCGAGAAAGUUUACCAAAGAAUAUUAUGAUCAAAAGCAAAUGAUCGAAGUACGGGAGGAUGCCGUCAAGAUUGCAUCAAAUGCCAAAAAGAUUGGUUUGAUCUUAGGGGCGCUAGGUAGACAAGGUAAUCCUGUAACUUUAAAUAAUUUGGAAACAAAAUUAUCUGCAAAAGGCAUACAAGUGGUCAAAAUUAUUCUCAGUGAAAUUUUCCCACAAAAACUAUCAAUGUUCAACGAUAUUGAUGCGUUUAUUCAAGUUGCAUGUCCAAGAUUGUCUAUCGAUUGGGGUUAUGCGUUCAACAAACCUUUAUUAACCCCAUAUGAAGCAAUGGUUAUGUUAGAAAACGAUACGAAAUGGAAUGAAACUUAUUAUCCUAUGGACUAUUAUUCUAAAGAAGGUUACGGUAGAGGGAAGGUACCUGAUCAUUCAAAUGUUAUUUAG